UUGGUAAUACUUUUUUUUUUUCCUCCUAUUUUCAAUUUAGGCCUAUCCAUGCAUUGUAUUUUAUCUGACCUAUACGAGUAAGUCUUUAGUUUUUUUUAAUCUAACGCUUGUGAAACUUUCCCUUGUUAAUCAAAUUCAUCCUUUCUUUCACAGAAGUUACACACUUCAGUAUCAUCCAUACCUACCUGAAGGUAUUAGUAAUGCCCCAUUGAAGUAAAUCCCAUUAUAGUAACAAAGGUAAAAUAAAAAAUAAAUGACCAAUCAAGUCAACUUCUAAACAUUUUCCUAACUGGGUGAGAACAUCUUCAAUAUAUUUGUAUGUAUUUUUGAAAUUUACUGCAAAGACUUUUCCUAUAGGACUUGUGACAUUACCUGUCCUUAAAGCAUUUAAAGGACUUUGUCUAACUGUGCAGUUUAUAGCACUGUCAUCUUCAAAGUCAAAAUUGGUAUAUAAACUUCAAUGCCAAAAAUUUUAACAAAUUCAGUACUGUUUAGAACAUUUAAAUUGUAGUAACUCUUGUAAUUAGUGAAAAUCUUAACUCAUAAAAAAUUCAUUAUCAGUAGACAAAUGAUAAUUCUCCCUUAUUUUUACCUAGCCAGACUAACUUUAAGAAAGGCUUUGAUAGUGUUACAAGCUGUCAUAUAGCCAGCUAAUGUAAGAAGUAUACCUACUUUUACACUUACAUGAAUUUGAGCAAAGUCUUAGCCCAGUGAAAUACAUGCAAAAAAAUAUGGUCUAAAGAUCUUUAAUAUCGCUAUAAUGUUAUUAUUUUUAUUGUAAUGUAAUAGAUUUUACAGUGUCAGCAGUCCAGUUGGUAGGAUUUUGUCUUCUUCAUCUGAGUGGUAUAAUCUGUCUUCCUCUGCAACCUGCUUUACCUGUCCCUUUUGUAACCAUGACUAAACCUAUCGCUCUCACUUGAUGUCGGUUUUUACUCUGUCCCAGUGUUGUCGGUCCUGUUGGCAUUUCAGAAGUUCUCGUUGAAGUAUUUUUUAUAUGUGAGGCAUUUUAUAUACUUUCCCAAACCACACCUUUAAUUCUUGAAUCAAAUCUAAGCCUAGUAUACCUCCUGGAGUUUCAACCCCAGUAGAUUUACAAGCAGACUGAGGAGGUGACAAGACACUGCUUUAUUUCUUGCUGCCCUUCUAGUCGGCCCUUGGAUCACUGCGCAUUUCCACCUGGAAGGUUUCUUCUCCACAGUGAAUUCACAUUACAGGAGGGUUUUCCUUCUUUGUUUCUCAGACCUGGUCCUGUAGACGGGAAGGAGCCUGGACACAGUGACACAUUCUCAAAGGGCCUGCAGGACCGCCAUGGCUUAUGAUGACUCCAUGAAGAAAGAAGAUUGCUUUGAUGGUGAUCACAGCUUUGAGGACAUAGGACUGGCAGCUGGCCGAAGCCAACGAGAAAAGAAACGUUCUUACAAAGAUUUUUUAAGGGAAGAGGAAGAAAUCGCUGCUCAGGUCAGGAAUUCUUCCAAGAAGAAGUUAAAGGAGAGUGAACUCUACUUCCUGGGGACGGACACACAUAAGAAGAAGAGGAAGCACUCCUCUGAUGAUUACUGCUUUGGAGACAUUGCGUCUUUGGAAUCGUCACAGAAGAAAAAGAAAAAGUCCAGCCCACAAUCUGCGGAUACAGCCAUGGACCUAUUGAAGGCUAUCACUUCCCCACUGGCACCAGGCUCCAAGCCCUCCAAAAAGACAGGGGAGAAAUCCUCUAGUUCUUCAAGCCAUUCAGAGAGUAAAAAAGAACACCACAAGAAGAAAGUAAGUGGAAGCAGUGGGGAACUAUCCCUGGAGGAUUGUGGCUCCCACAAAUCAAAAAAAAUGAAACCACUGUAUGUGAACACAGAGACACUGACCCUUCGUGAGCCUGAUGGCCUAAAGAUGAAACUCAUUCUCUCACCAAAGGAGAAAGGAAGCAGCUCAGUUGAUGAGGAGUCUUUUCAGUACCCUUCUCCGCAAGCAACUGUGAAAAAAUCCUCUAAGAAAUCAGCUCGGGAUGAGCAAGGUGCUUUAUUCCUAGGACACGAGUUACAGAGCUUUCUGAAAUCAGCCCGGAAGAAACACAAGUCAUCCUCAGAUCCACAUUCAUCUCCUGGCCCUGAAGGGUCUGAUGCCCCCCAGUUCCCAGAACCCCACAAUGCUAACCUUGAUCUUUCAGAGAUUGAACCUAUUCUGGUAGAGUCAGACUCGUCCUCGGGUGGGGAACUGGAGGCUGGGGAGUUAGUGAUAGAUGAUUCUUACCGGGAAAUCAAGAAGAAGAAGAAGUCAAAGAAGAGCAAAAAGAAAAAGGACAAGGAAAAGCAUAAAGAGAAGCGACACUCCAAGUCCAAGAGAAGUUCAGGACUUUCCACUGCAGCAGUGGGAGAGGUCACCAUGACACCUGCCCCUCCUCCCAGCAUCCCAUACCCUGGAGCAGCUGCCCCUCCUCCACCACUUCCCAGCCUCCACACAGAUGGGCAUAGUGAGAAGAAAAAGAAAAGAGAAGACAAGGACAGAGAGAGAGAAAGGGGAGAAAAGCCAAAAAAGAAGAACAUGUCGGCCUACCAGGUGUUUUGUAAAGAAUAUCGCGUAACCAUUGUGGCUGAUCAUCCAGGUAUAGAUUUUGGGGAACUUAGUAAAAAAUUGGCUGAGGUAUGGAAGCAAUUACCAGAAAAGGACAAACUGAUUUGGAAGCAGAAAGCUCAAUAUCUGCAGCACAAGCAGAACAAAGCAGAAGCCACAACUGUGAAAAGAAAAGCAUCCAGUUCUGAAGGUUCCGUGAAAGUAAAAGCUUCUUCUACAGGAGUCCUGUCACCCCAAAAGAAGUCCCCACCCAGCACCAUACUGUUACCAAGCUCACCAGCCAAAGCCCCUGAGACAGAGCCCAUUGAUGUUGCUGCUCAUCUUCAGCUGCUGGGAGAGUCCCUAAGCCUCAUUGGACACCGCCUGCAGGAAACUGAGGGAAUGGUGGCUGUGUCUGGCAGUCUGUCAGUGCUGCUGGAUUCCAUUAUCUGCGCGCUUGGCCCCUUGGCAUGUCUGACCACACAACUACCUGAAUUGAAUGGCUGUCCCAAACAGGUCUUGUCAAACACAUUAGACAACAUUGCUUACAUCAUGCCUGGACUCUGACAGCAAAGAACCCUGGGACAGAAACCUUAUCCCAUCCCAUUGCCGGUUUGUGUAUAUGUGACUGUUCCAAAUCCCUUCGCUGGCCUUGGUGUAGGUUUUAAAUUUUUAUAUAUGUAUAUACAUCUAUAUAUAUAUAUAAUGUACAAUAUAUACAUAGGCCUUCACUACUUUGCUUUUAAUAAUUUUACGAAAUGGCAAAGAUUUAGCCAAGAGAAGACUUUGGAAUGAAUUGGCUUGGGGUUCUUUUUUCUCCUGUAGUGGAUAAAUCUGCCUUAAAAAUCAAUGUAACUUGGGGGCUGGGGGCUUGUUCUGAGUGCCAGGUGCAUCUCUUUAUGGACAGCUAAAAUGUGAUUUUUUCCAAAGUCAGUUGCACCUCCGGACCCAUCACUGACCAUUUGCCUUACCUAUUUUAUUGUCUGAAAUGUAACAGGAAGGAAAGUUAUGGGAAGAUGCCAACUGACAGAAAGUACAAAGCCUUUCAACUUGAAGUGACCUGGGUGAAAGGUGAUAAAAUUGUUCCCAUCUUGUGGUUACUGAGAUGGCUUAGGUGAACUGAGUAGGAAGUUCAUUCCAAUUCUUACUUCAUAUGUGUCCAUGUCUCGAAAUUCAUUGUAAUCAUUGGUACCUUUGGCAGCCUCAGUAGAGGCCAGCGAGUUAUGGGAGCCCUGGCAGCAUCAAAUCCUUGGAGAGGGCAAUGCUGCCAAUGCCACCUAUUGAACUGUGUAUAUUCUAAGCUGACCCAGAAUAUUUUGAUCUGCAAAACUAAGAGCUAGUGCCAUUCAUUGGCAGCAUUAAGUUAGCCACUGAGUCCUCACAAAUUCUGCUGCUUGGUUGCUUGGUGGUCAUGGAAGAUAAACUUUGCCCAGUGAGAUUCUUGGGUUCAUCCUACUGGUUCCCCUGGCGGGCAGAUACGGUGUUCUGCAUUCCACACGUAAGUGAAUUGCAAAAAGAGUACUCGAUUCUCACGAAGGUUUAUUUAUGUGCGUGUGUGAAUGUAUUUUAAUUAUGUGUAUUUAACUCUAAAAUCUCUUAGAUUUUAAUUUAUCCUGUAAAUUUCUGUAUAUAUAAUUUAAUAACAAAAGUUUCCACCAGCAGCAGCGUGUGGAAGAUACAGAUCUGUCAUUUGUUCCUUCCUUUCUUCCUUUGGUCUGCUCUGAAAACUCCAAAUCAUCUCCAUUUUAAGGCAUUCUGCCUCAAAAAGGAAUCAUUAUGUCGGAAUUCUAAUUCUUUAUAAAGACCUUCAUGGCCUUCAAUAAUGUCGAGAAAGUAAAAUAAAAAAAGAAUGUUACCAUCCCCAGCCACCCUUAUUUCCAAAGAACCAGACUUUUGCUUCCCAGAUGGAGAGAAGAUACUUGAGCACUUCAGAGUUCUUUUUAAAUUUGGUGUGAGAUUAUCUGCCAAAACCCAGCUCUGAGGUAAUUGUGUUUUCUUCCCUUAGCCUAGAUGGAGCACUGUGGCAUCAAAACAAGUCCUUGGGGACAGUGCAGCUAGUCUGCAUCCUAUUUAAUUCCUUCCCCUUCCCCCGUGCCGUGUUGUCACGAGGCUGUUUUUAAAGGUAUUCUGGUUGCUGAAUGCCUUUCUCAGCUCAGAGCAGUUUUGAGAUUCAACCUGGGAAGCAAAGGAGGAAUCAGGAACAUUUGGGAACCAAAAUCAAGAAGAGCAGAAACCUUGGCUUGAUUUCUUGGGCUAGUCCCUCAUCCCACACCUCAUCUGCACCCAUGGAAGCUUCCUGUUUGACAGAGGGUAUUCAAGGAGAGGCCUUGAAGACAUGGGUUAGUACAGAAAGAAAUCAAUCCUACCAUUGCCAUUUGUAUACUUUCUGGAAAUCCUGAUGAGGACCUGCUUUUUGUUUGUUUGUUUUCUUUUGAAACCCAACCCUAUUGUAUUUGUAUUUAAAAUUUGUACACAUUUGUAUAAUAAUCUGUACCUUGUGGUAUUUGGUACUAUUAGAGAAAAAACUUUGGAUUCAGACCUCCUUGCAGUUUUUAUAUCAUUGUUUUAUUUUUGUUUUUUAAAUACCAGUGGUUUGAUCCAAAGCCCAUUACAGUUGUAUAAAAAAAUUAAAUUUUGUACUUACAUUAUUAAAAAUCACAUUUUUAAUAUUUGUAGUCCAGUCUCAGCUAUCUUUUCCCUGCUGCUAACUAAAGUUACCUACAAACUCAUAAGACCUCCAUUUUUCAUGUGAUAUACUACCAUAAUUUUCUUAAAAAAGGACAUCAGCCCAGACAAGAGGUCAAGUUUCUAAUCUGACUCAUAUUCCUAACAUACACCUUGCUCCCUUUGUAAUUUUUGAGUUAUGGAGCUUCUUGUUUUCUCUUCCUGCAAAUUGCAGAUCCGGUGAAUCUGAGAGCUAUAGCUCUAUUCAUUGGCAAAUGAAACUCUGUCUGUUACAGUGUUAACCUAUAUCAAGAAAAUAUCAGUCUGUGUAAGAGUUGACUGCGUCCGAAUCGUGUGUUAAAUAUGAUGUAUUUCAUGCCGUUUCAGCACCAUCUUGACUUAGUGAUGUUGAAUAAAUCACUUAAUCUUUAUAAACUUCCAAAUUCCUUCCAGAAAAGAGUUUAAUGUCACCUCCCUGUCUCCAAGCCUGCAGCCAGCCAGCAUGACAUGAAUGUUGAGUAACACUAUGAACAUAAAGCAUAUGGAGAUUUGAGCUUUCAAGAUAAAAUUUUCCAUGCAAACACAAGGUGUUAAAAGACAUAGUGAAAUCAUAUGAUUGAUUAAAAGGCUGUCUUAUGGAGAGGCAGCAAGAAGGAGACCACCAUGUAGCUGAAUGACUUAUAGAGAGAGUGAUCUGCAUACUUUAUCCCAUUUAAUCCUUCUGAAAGCCCUACAAGGUGCAUUAUCCCCCUUUACAGAUGGGGAAACACAUGCAGAAAGUACUUUUCCUAAGUGCACGCAGCCAGUAGACGUCAUAGCCAAAAUCGGAACAUUGGUACUAGCUGACCCCAAAGCCUAGGCUCCUACCCUAAGCUGACACUUUCAAAUUUAAAUUGUGUAUGUAAUUCAUUAGGAUCCUUCUCAAUUAUCUAUAGUCCUAAGCAAACUUGGUUAGAAAAGUGCUUAAAGAAUAUAAUAGAUCACAAUACAUCUAUGUAGUAUGUCAGUCUUAAGGGAUAUAACCAUUCUUACCCUCAGGAAGGUAUAUGAUAUUAAUAUUGCUAAUAUACCUAAAAGGAAAAAUUAAAUUGAGACACUUUUUAUUAAAUGAGUUUUAGUUUUAAUCAGUUUUGUACUACACCUCAUGUUUGCCAUUCACGUUCCUAUCUAUGGUACUGUGUUGACAAAAUCCACAUACUUCCAUUUCUGUUUUAACAGCUGUCUUAGGCUGGGGUUCCCUAGAGAAGCAAAACCAGUGAAGUGUGUAUAUACAUAGAGAGAGAAAAAAAAUUUUAUUUCAAGGAAAUGGCUCACGUAAUUGUAGAAGCCGGCUAAGUCCCAAGUCCAUGUAUGGGUCAGGCAUCAGGCUAGAGGCUUCUCCUGACUCACAUAGCUGCAGAGGCUGAAGAACCCAAGAUAGGCAGGUGUGGUGGUUAAGGUUGUGUGUAAACUUGGCUGGGCCAUGAUUCUCGGUGGUUUGGCAGUUACAUAAUGACGUACUUAUCUUCCAUUUUGUGGUAUAAUGUAAUCACCUCCAUGAUGUGAUCUGAUGUGAUCAGCCAAUCAGUUGUAAAUUAGUUUCCUCAACCGUGUGGCCUGCAUACAUUAUAUAUUGGCAUUCUGGCAAAGCUCACUGGCUUUAGUUCACUCUGGAUCCUGCAUCUGGCUCCUCAUCUGACCUCCAGUUCUUGGGACUUGAGCCAGCAGCCUGCCUUAUUGCCUGUAGGGCUUGGGAUUUGUCGGCCUCUUGAGUUCAUCAGCCCCUGCAGUUACAUGAAUCAGGAGAAGCCUUCAGUCUGAUGCCUGUCACAUGGACUUGGGACUUGCCACCCUCUACAACCACAUGAGCCAUUUCCUUGGGAUAAGUCUCUCUCAUUCUACAUCCAUCCAUAUUCCAUCCAUAGUUUCACAUCACCUCCCUCUCUCCAAGCCUGUGUGCGUGUGUGUGUGUGUGUGUGUGUGUGUGUGUAUGUAUACACUUCACUGGUUUGGAAACCCUGGUGGCAUAGUGGUUAAGAGCCACAGCUGCUAACCAAAAGGUCUGCAUUUAAAAUCUACCAGGCACUCCUUGGAAACUCUAUGGGACAAUUCUGC